AUGAAGCCGUUGCCGCCGCCGCCGCCGUCGUCGUCGGGGGCGCGACGGCCGAAUGCUCGUCGUGCGCCUCCCGCCCGCGCGUCCCGCCUCCCCGUCCCGCGGGAGGGCGUUGCGCGGUUGCUGGAGCGGGGGGAGCUGCCGGCGGAUGCCGACCUCGAGAAGCUGCUCAUCACGGACAAGUCGUUCAAGGCGAGGCGGGCCAAAGUGCACCCCCACGACGCCCGGCUGGCCCCGCCGGUGAUGACGAGCCUCUCCCCGUAUAAUCGCAUGAACGGCUUCGUGCUGGACGUUGCGGAGAUCAAAAAGAUACCCGGCAAGCUCAACCUGCUGGAUCUGCGGGAGUGGGAGUCGGCCCAGCGGCGUUCUUCGCAACUCUCUUCCGCCUCUAACUCCGCCUCAAUGUUUAGCGACUCCCACCAUCAGCUACCGACGCCAAGGCGGGAGGAUACGAGGACCUACGCGGAGUUGCUCGAUGUCUACUCCAUGCACGAGUUCAUUAUUCGCAAGGGCGCCACACUUCGAAGCACGCCCGAGUUUGCCUCCUUCAAGCGGCGCUACACCGCAUGCUGGGGCAACGUGGAGCUGGUGAUACGACGCCUGGAGGAGUUUCUCAAGAGUUACGGCAUAGACCUUGCCUACGUGGAUGGUAAAAGGGUUGCGGCGCUGGCCAGCUUUCAAGUAGACGACAUUCUUUCGCGAGAGGAGAUGCUGCAGUGUUUUGCAAAUCGUGAGGAGUUGGAGCCUCUCACUAGUAGCGUUACACAAAAAUUCGUGUGUGGCCUCGACGGCCAACAUCUCGCGGCGCAGAAGAUUCAGGCCACGUGGCGCAUGUACGCCCAACGUGUGGCCUACCGCCACCUGCUUGUGGGCACUCAGGCGGCUAUUGUCAUUCAACGCAGGUGGGCCCUGUAUAGAUCGCACUCGCUGACGAGGAAGACCAUCAAGGUCCUGCGAGAAACGCGUCUGCUGCGUUGGAAGCGGACGAUGGAGGAAUUUACCAGGCGCUGGCCGCAAAUAAAGGAGGGGCGGCGGACCAUUGUUCACCUGCCGUCCUUGUCGUACCCGCGGUUCCACGCCAAGCAUGUGCCUUUUUACUUUGCGUUGCAGAUGGGACAAAUUACGCGACUGACCGACUUGCGUGAUCCGUUAGUGGAGGUUAUUCUGCUCGCGCCGUUUCGACCGGAGCCGGAGGUGAUGAAUUAUUAUUUUACGCUGCUGGAGGACUCGGGUGUGGUGAAUCCGCGAGGAAGAUUCACGCUUUUGGUCCCAGAAGAUGCAAAGCGACUUCCCUCUGGUCUCAGCCUCACACGACUGGUGUUGCUCAGUUCGCGUCUUAUGAAGUGUCUCGCGUCACUCUGCAAGAACAGAAACACGUAUGUCGUUCCAGGUGUCAUUGGCGCCGAGGAGCAUUCUCUUGCUCUUGAGUUGAACCUGCCGAUGCUGAGCGCCGAUCCCAACAUUGCGCAAGUAUUUGGCAGCAAAAGUGGCUCCCAACGCCUCUUGGACCUGGCGGAGAUUCCCAAUCCCGUUGGCGUUUACGGCCUGCGUGACCGGCAGGAACUUCUUUCCGCGUUGGCGUCGCUGAUUGUAGAACACAAGGAGGUUGCUCGGUGGCUUGUGAAGCUGGAGACCGAGUCGUGUAGUCGUGGGCACGCGUACUUUGACGUGAACCGUAUUCGUGUGCUUAAGGGCAACGAUGAGUCGAGGAAGAACUACCACGGCGUGCUGAGCGAGUUGACGGACCACGCCGGCAAGCGGGCACGGUUGGUGCACCUCAACAGCUACCCGGACUGGGAGGCGUACGCAACGAUGUUUGACACCGUUGGUGGCUGCGUGGAGGCGGUGCCAAACCGAAUCAAGGCCUCCUUGUCCGCCAACCUCUUCAUUGAGCCAACAGGUGUGGUGAACUUAGACUCCGUCGUGGAGCCCAUGCUGGCCCCCGCGUUCACCGUGAUGGGGUGCCGAUUUCCGUUGCAGAAGUUUGUGCCGUACGCCGCCCUCCGUGACGCCGCCCUCUGCGUCGGCAAAGCCGCUUUCCAGAGGCGCAUCAUGGGCUUCAUAUCCGUCGACUUUGUGCUGCAGGAAGCGGCGGAGGAGGCCGCCCCGGAGCUGUACGCCGUUGACGUGGAUCUCUGCCUCACCAACAACGCCGCCGCCCACCGUUUUGCCUGCCUUGUAACCGACAGCACCUGGAACCCGGAGACGGGCAGCUGCACAAUGCCGCACACGCAGGAGAGUCUGGCUUACGCGUAUAGCGGCAUAAUUCACAGUCCCUUUCUCUCAGCGGUACGGCAGCAGACGUUUUUCUCGCUCUGCCGCUCGAGGGGGCUUUCGUUUGACCGACAGCGUCGUAUGGGCCUCGUGUUUCACAUGGUGGAUGUGCUGCUUCGCGGCUGCCUCGGCGUGCUUUCGGUGGGCACGCAGCGGGGCGCCGUGACGCGGGUGAUGAAGGAGUUCCAGAGUCUGCUGAACCUCGAGCUGCCCAAGCAGAGCGAGCACUCUGCGGAGAGCAACUUUGUUUACUUUUCUUCUGCCAUUCAUCAACUGAUCCGGUCGGUCUCGAUCUCGAAAGGAAUGUAA